UUGGACAACACACAAGACUACAUGACAAGCUAUCAAAAGCUGAAGUUUUCAAAGGUCUCUCUCAAAGUGAAAGGGUGAGCUCUGUAUGCCGUGAAAGCCAGGACGUUAAUGAAGACCAAAUUUUACAAAUACUGGACUCUAAAUCACACAAAAGAGAAGACCUGGUGAAGGCAUGCAGCUGUCUUGGAGUGUCAACAACUGGCUCACAAACAGACCUUAUAAACAGGCUGGAAGAACUUCUCCUUUAUAAGGAGGUUUACCCCAAAAUGUUUUUAAAGCUGAAAAAAGCUGGAGGUGGAGUAUUACACAUGGGCUGCACCCAUGGUGUUGUAUAUUAUACAUCACCAUUAUGGUGGCAGGAAUCUGCACGGGACCACGGGGAUGCUCUGCUAAGUUUUAAAUAUCCCCCCACUGUGUACAUCUCUGACAUCGCUGGACGUGUUGCCAGGCAUGUUAAUAAUCGUACGCAACAGAGAUUUUUCCAGCCAAAUGACGGAAGGGUAUGUGCACCAACGGACACAAACAUAUCACUGGCAGCUGCAGGAAAGUUAACGGUAAAUCUUGAGUGGUUAAAGAAAAUCAGGAGGAAACCAAGACAUGCAGAAGAACCCAAAGAAAUGGACCAAUUCUCAUGUCCACACCCUGAGACAAGGACAUCAGACCGGUACUCACUGUAUGACAGAUUUCACCAAAAAAAACAAAAGCGUCCUGAAGAGAGACUGCGUAGUCUGAAACUGAUUCCAGAUCUGGCUUGUCUGAUUAAUUCUUCAGCAGCAGAACAAAUAAACAGAGAGCUUUCCUCAAGUCGGUACUCACUGUGUCAAAUGAAGGACAUCCACUACAUGUUCUCACUACGUCUGUUUUUUCACCUGCACAAUGAAAGACUGAAUAGCUCCUUCAUGAAGGAAAUGGAAAAACAGAGUACAGCAGAGGCCAUACGCAUUGGAUUAGAUGGCAAACUGAUAUGUGGCCAAACAGGAACACACACAAGAAAAUCUGACAACAGUCAACAGCAGUCCAGAAGUCCUCAGGCUCCAGUAAAGGGGGACAGUCCUACUGGCAGUGCUACUGUGGGUGGCUACCAUUUUUCAGUGGCAAUGUUUCCAAUUAAUGAGAAAAAUAAGGACAAAAUCAGACAGCUGUAUGCUGUUGAGAAGAGAGAGCAUGAUGUCAUUGCUAAAAUAUCUCGUUUCGCCUCGUUGGAACUACAUGAUCUGAAAAGUCUGUGCCCACCCGAUCUCUUGAAAGACAGCAGUAGCCAACUGAUGCCAUGGCUAUAUGACAAUACAGUAAAUUGUCGGAUUGCACAAAUUGCCUCAGAAAACCAGAAUGUUGCAGCCUUGACAACUGACACAUUUAUUUUGUGGUACAGGGACUGGCUGGCUUCAAGAAAUAUUUCUGAUUCACAUCUGAAAAUUCUUGAGAAUGAUGCACAGAAAACACUUCUACCAAGAAUUGUUGGCAUGGAUAGGACACCAGAAACAGGAUGCCACUUCAUUCUUUGGGUUUUUGACAAGACCGAAAAACAAAUAAGGAUGUAUGACAACACAGGACGUCACAUGAACAUUUCACCCUCAGAUAUGGACAUUCUGAAAGAUGCCUUUAGAAAUGUAGACGCCCUGGAUAGGUGGACUGUGUGCAGUCCACAGCAAUGGCGGAGAAAUUAUGGAAACAACUGUGGUGUUUUUGUUUGCACAGUGAGUGGAUAGAGUUGUAUGAGUUUAUGUUUG